CCUGACACUAGUCUUCCCGUACUCACUGCAGCGGAAUGAACUUCGUCCUCGUCUCGGCCUCCCUCCUGCUCCUGGCUACGCACGCCCGAGCUGUAGGCCCCGGCGCGCCCUUCGAGCACAGACCCCUCUCAGGCCACCCCCAAGGGCACUGGAGAAGACACCAUCGCCAUGCCCUUGACAACCAGGCCGCAGAAGGGGUUCUCGUGCCCACCUUUGCCCUUCCCGAAGAUAACGGUGGCAGUGCCGGCGACCCUCCCGUCCUCGUAGAAGACACCGGCCACGGCGACCUCUACGGCACCGCGUCCGUACACAGCGUUAGCAAAGUCGAGCUCAAUGCCGUCAACACCAACGACGCCGAAGAAGCAACAACGAAGGGCACGGCGACGGAGGAGAUUCCGCCGGAGGCUCAAAACGCUCCGCAGCGCAGACAUGGCAGCAGCAGUCACGGCAACCCGGGCUCCAACAUGGCGCUCUUUGUUGACACAGGAUCGCCUCUUCACCUUGGCUUUGUUAACAUCGUAGACGGAGGAUACUUUGGGUCUGGGAGACAUGUCAACAGUGUAGGCAACGUUAUCAGCGGUCCCGUUCCUGUUGUAUACCCUGGACCAAUACCUAUAGCACAAGGGCUGUCUACACCUGUCUCUCACAAUGCCCACGUACCCAUAACAUACGGGAACGGUGAAUCGGUGCCUGAAACAAGUAGCGUAUCUAUGCCUGUACCUUCACCUGAAAUGACUAAAAAGUCUAUGCCUGUAUCACACACUAUGCAUCCGCCUUUAUAUUCUAGGUCUGACCAACAGAGGGAGUCGUCGACAAUGGCACCUAAACAUUUUGUAUCUGACAGUGAGUCUUUUCCUUCACUCAGCGGUGGGUCUUCCAUAGCGAUGCCCGGCAAAUCGAUCGCUCUUCCACAGUUCGAGUCCGAGUUUCCGGAAAACAGAGACUAUCAAACAACGACGCCUAUGGAAGAAAAAUCAGAGCUACAAAUAGGCUUUGCUACGACAAAUAUUCCAAACAUUCCAAGGCACUUCGUACCCAUUACUGUAGCACCAGGAGUAGUUCCAAAUGAGAAUCGGAGACGACAGUCAAUGGCAGGCAAGGAGUCAGCACCCGUGGUGGGAGGGACUGGAUAUGUACGUGUGACACGCGGUGGUUCUCCCCAUAGCACUCAAGAUGGGCCUUUACCUAAAGUCAGAAGUGAAGUUGCAGCUUCACAGGAGUCAGGACAAGAGGCAAGGGACGCUUUCACUCCUGUGGUAGAAAGUGUGAAUGUGCCGGUACUGGAGGGCGGUUUUGUGCCAGUAACAGAGAGUACGAUUGCAACAGUAACAGUUGUGACAGCCCCCUCAGCAGGAGGAUUUGUCCCUGUUGCACAUGAAGGUUUUGUACCAGUCACACAGAACAUUUCUGCACUAGAUCUGCAGGGUGGGUUUGUUCCUGUAACACAAGAAAUAACUGCAAUUGAUACAAAAGAUGAUUUUAGUUAUGCACCCCAAAGUGAAUCUGUGCUUGAGUCAAUGCCUGACACACGGCCUGGGUCUGUACCUUCGGUAAAGAGCACCAAUAACUUAGUAACCCCCCCAAGUCACCGAAUUCAAACCUCUUCUGAUGACGGGCCUGAAAUCGUGUCCGAAAACUCUAUUGGCAGAUUUCAACGCGGGCGAAUCAACCAACAUAGGUUUGGAAGAAAUUUUAACACUCUCCACAGUCCCGACGGCAUGGCAAGGAGCUCCGUUACCUUCAACUUUGGAACUCCUCGACCACAUCCCCUGGGUAGUCUUGGAGGGGAUGGCGGCGGGUCCCUCGCUAGGUCAAACUUCCCGCGAAACCCGCACAGGGUCGCCGGUGGUGAAGUCUCAGGAACUCCUCAUGGAGUUAUCAGAACUUCUUCGGCGGGUCACAGCGGCGUCGUAACAGACCUCACUACGAGCAAAUCCGCUAAAGAACAAAGCCAUAAUCUCGAUGGUAUGUUUGCGAUACAGCGUCCGGUACAAAUCGCACUCUCUUUUCCUGAACCUCGACAGGUUAUGGCUGGAAAAGACCAAGCACCAGAUGCAGAAAUCGACUCGAAUCCUUCCUUGGCAGCACAGGAAACAGUAAACGAAGGCCAAGAGUCAGAUAUAUCGCUUAAUAAAGUUGAUAGCAAUUCCCCAAACGAUUACGAAACAAGCAGUUCCAUCGUCAGCGUACAAAGAUAUUCCGUGGGCUAUGAGGCUGCAGACUUUACGCCAUCGGAAGUAGAUACUUCUCUUCACGCUCGUCGGAAGGAAUAGUAUUUCGAUGACCUGCCUGUUGGGAAAAUCACACUUUGCGGAAAUCAAUACUCAUUGCCGACAACAACCAAGGUCCCAGUCGUCAAAUGAGCUUCAGGUGAUGCUAUGCGCUAGUUUUCCGUUUCACAUUUGGUUAUACCGUCUGACUGUAGAAGCCUAAAAAAAAAUUAGCAAGUUUGUCUUAGACAUAUAUCUGUCUUGGAAGCUGUAGUAAGUUAAUUCCACAUAUCAGUGUUCUUAGCUGAUGCAUUUCUUCAUCUCACUGUAUUAUCAUAAAUGACAUAUUGUUAUAUGCUGUUAUUGUUCCACAGUAUACACAUGUGCUCACACAAACACGCACACACACACACACACACACACACACACACACAUCAACAAAAGGUAUUCUUACCUGUAUUUAUACCAUUGUUAAAUCUAUAUUCAUUUUGUAAUAAAACAGAUCAACA